AUGGCGCGCCAGUGGCCCGACAAGCGCUCCGGCCGGCCGCCGCAGCCCUGGCGGACGAAGCGCGACGAGCAGCAGUUCCGCAGUGCCCUCGCCCAGGAGCGGUGGCGCUCGGAGAACCCGGCGACGCUCAACGACGCCUGGGCGACGCUGGCGGCGACGAGCCGCAAGCUGCUGGCGGCGGCGUCGCGGGACCGGUCGCUGAGCGCCGAGCCCGCGCCGGCGGAGCGGCCCCGCGCGCCCUUCGGGUCCAGCGCCGCGCGCUUCGCGUCGCUCGUGCCCGACUGGUCGGCGGCGUCGAGCCGCUGCUCGUCGCGGAGCUCGUCGCUCGCGCCGUCGGAGCCGCUCUCCGAGGCGAACAGCCUGCCGGCGCCCGCGUCGCCGCGGAAGCGGCGGUCGCCGUCGCCCGCGCGGCAGCGGCGGGCCGCGGCGCUCCUGUCGUCCGGCGGCACCGCGGCGCGCCUGCCGCCCGAGCUGCCCGCGCCGCCGCCGCCGCCGCCGACGACGCCCGACGAGCCGCCGUCGCCCGUGAAAGCCAUGCCGCCGCCGCCGCCGCCGCGCGCGCCGGCGACGACGCCGGCGACGACGCCGAGCCCGCAGCUCGUCCGCGCGGACCGCGGCGUCCUGAGCGUGUCGCUGCCGGCCGGCGCGACGUCCUACGGCGCGUCGAGCCCGGAGAAGCUCGCGGCGGCGGCCUACCCGCCCAAGGGCGGGCCCGACGACGCGUCGAGCGACCUCACGACGGAGACGCCGCUCCCGCGGCGCCGCGAGCCGGCGCCGUCCGCCGCCGUCGUCGUCCGCGGCGGCAGGCCCGGCGAGACCGUCGAGGUGAGCGUCAAGCUCCGCGUGCGCGACACGCCCAAGAAGCCGUCGCCGGAGUCCAAGAGGCCGUCGCCGGAGCAGUGGCGGCCCGCGGGCGUCGGGGGCACGUGCCGCGCGGGCGCGUCUUCCCGCGCGGGCCGCGCGGCGUGGGUCCGCGAGGAGCCCGCGCGGCCCGCGCGCCGGGCCGCGUCGGCCCUCGCGCCGCGGACGCCGCGCACGGGGGCCAAGGCGCCGGCGCCCGAGGACGCGAAGCGCGCGACCGCGCGCCGCGACGCGGCCGGGCUCGACGCGGCGGCCGGCCUCUUCGGCGACUGGUUCUGGCGCGCGCGCGCCGCCGGGGGCGCGGCGCCCACGGUCUUCGACGACGAGCCGGCGCGGCGGGGCUGGCGCGUUUUAGGCGAGGGCGCGGCCGACGACGGCGCGUGGCGCGCGGCGUGGCGGUGCGUCCGCGCCGCGCCCGCCACCGCGCGCGACCGGCGCCUCAAGCGCCGCGGCGACUGCGUCGACGUCGCCCUGCUCGCCGGCGCGUCGACGGCGCCGCGCGACGACGACGACGACGGCGGCCACUGGGCCCACGCGGCGGCCGACGCCGCGCGCGCGGCGGCCGACGCGGCCGAGCGCGUCAAGACGGACGAGCCGCGCGCGCUCGUCGCGGUGCGCGCCGCGGGCGCCGUAGAGCCGGGCGACGACGACGACGGCGUGCCCGCGGACGUCGGGCUCCACGUGCUCUUCCGGGGCCUCGACGACGGCGGCUACGUCGCGUGGCGCGUGACGGUGACGGUGCGCGCGCUCUCGCUCGUGGGCCUCGACCUCGGCCGCGGCGACGCGGCGGAGCAGGAGCUCGGCGCGGCCCUGCGCGAGCUCGCGAACCUGCGGAGCCUCGACCUCGCGCGCAACGGCCUCCGCCACGCGCCGCGGCGCCUGCCGCGCGCGCUCCGGACGCUCGGCCUCGCGGAGAACCGGCUCCGGUCCGCGUCCUACCUCGAGCACCUCGCGGAGCUCGAGGUGCUGGACGUCGCCGACAACGAGAUCGCCUCGACGCGCGCCUUCCACCACCUCGUCCUCGCGCGGUCGUCGCUGCGCCAGAUCGUCAUCCGCGACCUCACGCGCCUCGAGCCCGCGUGGCGCCAGAAGCUCCGCGACCUCUUUCCCAACGCGGUGAUUUCUUAA